CCUGUGUGUUCCUUUUCUAUAAGUGAUUUCCCAGACCGUAAUUCUCUUCUGAGAGUUGAAUUAGACUUGAGAACUUGGAGAACUGCCGCCUUCUGACUUCAGCGGUGUAAUCAGCUGAAAACUUCACCCUUUGAAGAGUUCUGCACUUUGCCAGCCAUCUCUUGAAAGUGGGUGCCAAAGAAGGACUCCAUGAAAGAUGACAGAAGAAAUAAUUGUUAUAGCCAAGUGGGACUACACGGCCCAACAAGACCAGGAGCUGGACAUCAAGAAGAACGAGCGGCUGUGGCUGCUGGACGACUCCAAGACGUGGUGGCGGGUGCGGAACGCGGCCAAUAGGACGGGCUACGUGCCCUCCAACUAUGUGGAGAGGAAGAACAGCUUGAAGAAGGGCUCCCUGGUGAAGAAUCUGAAGGACACUUUAGGCCUGGGCAAGACAAAGAGGAAGACGAGCGCGCGGGAUGCGUCGCCCACUCCCAGCACGGACGCCGAGUACCCGGCCAAUGGGGGUGGCGCGGACCGCAUCUAUGACCUCAACAUCCCGGCCUUCGUCAAGUUCGCCUACGUGGCUGAGAGGGAAGAUGAGCUGUCUCUGGUCAAGGGCUCGCGUGUCACCGUCAUGGAGAAGUGCAGCGACGGCUGGUGGCGAGGCAGCUACAACGGGCAGAUCGGCUGGUUUCCCUCCAACUACGUCUUGGAGGAGGUGGAUGAGGCUGCCGCUGAGUCCCCCAGCUUUCUGAGUCUGCGCAAGGGCGCCUCCAUGAGCAAUGGCCAGGGGGGGCGGGUCCUGCAUGUGGUGCAGACGCUGUACCCCUUCAGUUCAGUCACCGAGGAGGAGCUCAAUUUCGAGAAGGGAGAGACCAUGGAAGUGAUUGAGAAACCUGAAAAUGACCCGGAGUGGUGGAAAUGCAAAAACGCCCGGGGGCAGGUCGGCCUUGUCCCCAAAAACUACGUGGUGGUCCUAAGUGAUGGGCCAGCCCUGCACCCUUCACACACCCCGCAGAUAAGCUACCCGGGGCCUGCGUGCACCGGGCGGUUUGCAGGCAGAGAGUGGUACUACGGGAACGUGACGCGGCACCAGGCCGAGUGCGCCCUCAACGAAAGGGGCGUCGAGGGUGAUUUCCUCAUUAGGGACAGCGAGUCUUCGCCCAGUGACUUCUCCGUGUCUCUCAAAGCAUCAGGGAAGAACAAACACUUCAAGGUGCAGCUUGUGGACAAUGUCUACUGCAUCGGACAGCGGCGGUUUCAGACCAUGGACGAGUUGGUGGAACACUACAAAAAGGCCCCCAUCUUCACUAGUGAGCACGGGGAGAAGCUCUACCUCGUCAGAGCACUUCAGUGACAGCCCCUCCCGGGCCCUGCCACCUCCAGGCCUUCGGUGCCACACUCACUUCCCCGGAGCCCAGCGGCUCCGCCUGAGAAGCCGUCGUCCGACUUGGGCCGUCCCGCCCAGGGUUCCACACUGUCUGGUGGUUCUUCCUUUAUUGGCUUCCUUUGCCUGGUUUAUCACUCGGUCCAGGUCGGUUUGUUUUCAUCUUCCCACCCACUCCUACCCCUCCCCACCCCCUUCACUAUCCCAGGCUCUCAUACCCAUGGUCAAGCCCACUCCCCACCCUGGCCAGUUUUAGAGAAAGGAAGAGGACAGAAGAGGGGCCCAUUUGUCCACUUUGUUCCUUCUGGAGUCAGCCUUAGCCUGCUCAGAACGGCAAGCCAACACAGCCCCUCAUUAAAAGACAUUGGGUGCAGUUUGAAUGCACUGAAGCUGUGUUGGUGGCGGGAAGUGCAGUACACGCAGGACGCGGUGCCAGUGGCUCUUUGCUGCCCCAGGCAGCGCACGGAAGGUCCCCGGUCCUAGCAGCCUUUGUUCGUGUCCUCUGCCCUCACAUGGCUCCCACAUUCUCCGGGGAGUCAGCCACUGCUAGUAGCAAUACUGGAACCACCGGGUGACCCCGUGGUGAGGAACUGUCCAGUGCCUUUGGGGCUGUACUUGCAAUAAAGAAAGGAUUUCCUUGAAAGUCAGUCUGCAGAAAGGUGACCCGGAAAGACAGAUGUUUUGGUAAUUUACCCCCAUACGUGCCAUCCGCAUAGUGCUUUUUCCUCUUGCCCUUUGGCUUGUUUAAAUUUCACAAUUAUGUAUUUAAUUCUCAAAAUAAUAUGUAUCUGUAGUCAUUUGUUCACACUAAUUCAGAUGAUUAAGGAAAAUGGCUGAUCUUUGGGGAAGGGGAGCUACCAACACUUCACACACACAAUAUAUACGUAUAUGUAUGUAUGUAUAUGUAGAUAUAUAUGCAUAUAUAUAUUAUUUGCUUUACAGGGAAAUUUUUCAGGGUUUACAAAAGAGUAUGUGAUUGGUAGUAAGAGACACACAGAAUGUUUAUGAAGAAAUUGCAUUUCUUUUUUCUUUACAUCUGAACUUCUUUAUAGUUUAAAUAGACAGUCUUGAGAUGGCACAUUCGUACAGCUGAAGAAGGGGUCUUGAGAACUCCUAAACUUGCAUAAGCAGUUUUUUGGAUAUUGUAAUAAAAAAAAGUAUUAUGACAAG